AUGGCCCUGAUCUUGCAGACUUGUGUAUGGUUUAAGCUUUCACACUGUAACAGGAAGAUGGAAGUGAGUAAAGUGGAGCAGGUGCUCACAGCGUCAGGUGCUAAGAAGAAUUCAUCUGAAAAACAGGAUGCACAUUUUGGUCUCUUUUGCUGGAUGGGAUAAAGGUUUCCUGCUGUGCCCUUUGCCAGUCUUGCCUAUUCAAUUGUAAUCUUUGUGGACACAGUCACCUAUGGGUUUGGUUUGAGGCGGGAAUCUGAGCUGCGGCUUCUGGGUGCUACAUUGAGGAAACUAAUCUGGCAUCAUCUGUGAGCCGGUGUCUAGCUGAGGCUCGGGGAGCGAGUCUCCUCGCAGAUGAAAUACUCUGGGGGUGCGAAAAGAACUAUUUGCUCUUGCCUGCCACUGUGUCGAGCAAAGAUCGGCAUUUGGUUUGGCGCUCUGGGGAGGGAAUGUUUCGGACAAUGGCUCGCUGCUCUGCCGGGGGGGUUUGCAAACCGCUGCCCCAGUGGCAGAGCGGGAGCGGGGUUUACACAUCACCGCGUCGAUUUACAUGCGGGGGCGGUCGCGGAAGUUAAUCAGCUGAGGCUGCUCCGGCCGGCGUGUGCUCAGACUGGGUUGCUGGCGCCUGGUUGAUGGCUUGUGUCUGCAGGAGAAGAGAGGGGAGCCGACUCGAGCGUUUGCUGAAGAAACAGCCCUGAGCAGAGCCCUGGGAUUCUCCGUCCCUGGGUCUAUGGGACCCAAUCCUGCCCUGCUCAGGUUCAGGGUCCUGCUGGGGCAGGGAGACGCAGUGCACGGAGUGAGGGAUCUCUGGUACUAGGGAAUGACCAGAACUGACCCCGCUGUGCCCUGAACUCUUCUGAGUGUUACAUCUUCGCGUCUGCGCAGAACUGAAAGCCGCAGAGGGAGAGGAAUCGGCGUGACUCUCGCUACAGCCGGAGAGGAGCGGAUCAGAGGUGCUCAGAGCAACCUGUGUGCGUCAGCGGAGAGAUGGGGAAAACAGCAGAUUCAACUGAGCAGAGGCUGCAAAGAGAGAUGCUCCCCAUCUGUAAUGGGGACCCUGAGGCAGGAGGGGACACAGAAUCUGGAGAGAAUCCUCAACAAGAACAAUUAAUGGAGUUGUCAAGUAGCAAUGGAGAUGCAAGGAGAGGACAGGACCCAGGUUGUCUGUCUCCCUUCAGGAAUCCAUUAGUAUGGGGCACAGUUGCAGGUCUGGUCAUCCUCGUCAUUGGUUUGGGGGCAGCUCUGGCAGUGACAACAUCUGAGUCACAUGUGGCUGAUUUGGGGGUACGAGGAGAGACUGCCUGUCCCAAUGGCUGGGUCGUGUUCCAAGGGAAAUGUUACUAUUUCUCAGAGACCGAAGGGAACUGGACCUACAGCCGGAGCAACUGCUCCUCCCUCGGCGCCUCCCUGGCUGGGAUCGACACCCAGCAGGACAUGGACUUCAUGCUGCGCUACAGAGACCCCCGUGAUCACUGGUUCGGCCUCCAGAGGGAACAGGACCUCCGGCCCUGGAGGUGGGUGAACGGCACCGAAUUCAACAACUGGUUUCACAUCGGCGGGGGAGGGAAGUGCGCGUAUCUGAAGGAAGCAAAAGCCAUCAGCUCCUCGCGGUGCUCGAUGGAGAGACACUGGAUCUGCAGCAAACCCCACGUGUGUGCAAAGGUUUAGCACGGCACUGGGCAGGGGCUGAAGGCUCAGCCUGGAAGAGACAGGACAUUGUUGAUGCUGGCGGGCUCGGACAUUUUUCUGGCUAAUGAGAGCGUUCACAGCUAGGCUAGCGAGGACUAAACCAAAAAGCAUCUGAGAUGGGCCAGACCCUCCUACUUCAGGGCAUAAGCUCCCUGUCCUUGGGAGUAAACUUUCCCCUGUGGGCGAGUGAUCUCGUAACUGGCCAUUGGGUGUCCUGCCCUUUGCUCUGUGCUUCAGACAGGAGACUGGACUGGAUGAACUACGGUUCCUAAGCCAGCUGGUUCUCACCUGAGGCCUCUUCCUCUGGUACGUCUGGACACCAGGGCAGGCAAAUAAGGACCCAGCCCUGGGCCACCUUUCAGGGGGCAGAUUUGAUCUCAUCUUCCUGUUGAGCCACUCCAAAGCCACAGACCUGCCACCAGCCAUCACUUCCACAACCAGCACUUCCAGCUAUAAUAAAGCCGCCCGGUGUGUACACACUACAGCCUUGCUCCCACCAGUGUAAGUGCCCGACCUACUGCACUGACAUAACUUCACCUCGACGAGAGACGCAUAGCGUAUGUCCGUGUAGCUGGAGCAGCGGUUCUCAACCCGUGGGCCGCGUGUGGCCCAGGUUGCACACAGCUGCAGCCCAGAUCAGCUGUGUGCUAAAGGCUGGCCCGCGUGGCAGGGUCUGGGUUCCUGGCUGCCUGGUGCAGUGGGGUCCGUGGCCGCCGCCCAGCCCUGCAAGCUCUGGGGUCAGGGUCCAGGCUCCCUGCCCUGCCACCUGGCCCCUGCAGCCCAGGUAACACAUGCGGCCCACAAUGAUAAAUAAGUUGAGAACCACUAAGUUAGCGAUGCAGUGCCCAUGUAGACACGGCGUUACUUAUAUCCGCUUUCAGCUUUCAUUCUUGUCAAUUUCAUAGCUCUGGCAGGGAGCCAUGAAAUUGACAAAGGCUGGUAGCCUCCCUGCUGUGAACCUGUAUCUGGCUCCUAGCCAGGGAGGCAAGUGGGAGGGCUCCCUGCUCCUAGCCGUGGCGCUCUGCACCCUUCAAGUGGUGGCUAGCUCAGCUAGGGUUGACGAGCCUGCUACAGCCGUAGCUAAGAGCGCUGUGUCUUUUAGCUCACGCAUUGAGCUCAAGAGCUUACAGCCGCUGACAGCGUUACACUAGGCCAGAAGCAGCAUCCGUGCACCAGUGCUCUGGCCUGCUGUAGGCACUGACUGACGGGAUGUGCCUUGUUCUUCAGCCAGGGGCCAACAUAGGUCGACUUACGUUUGUAGUGCAGAUGUGCCCUUAGUCUCUCUCAGGCCUAGGAAUGUCUUGCAGGGCAGCAAUCCCUGCUCAAGAAUGACCCGAGACGAUACCAUGGGUCGUACCAGCCCCUCCACUGCUGAGGGGAGCGGGGAGAUGUAUCCUAGUUUUCCAAUUGAUCUAGUUGAACUAGAGCCUAAGUUACUGGGCCCAGCGCAGGAACCACUGAGUGAGUUUCUCUGGGCUGUGUUCUGCAGGUCAGGCCAGAUGGUCAUGAUGUUCCUUGUGACCUCGAAACCUCAGACAUUCUGUUUUGGGAUUAACCAGAAGCUGAGAGGUGGUUCUGGAUAACCAUGCAACCGUUUGAUAUCCUACCUCUGCACGUUACCAGCUGCUGCAGAAAGCAGGUCUCGUCUCGUGCUGCUGACGAUCUGAGACCAACCUGAAGUGCACCGAGUGGCCCAGAGGAUGGUUCUGUUGUGGGAGCGUUAUUUUUAUUUAUACGGGAUUGAAGGGCUCGAGCGCGCCUACCAGUGCGGGCUGCGCAGUGGUGAGCUUCCAGGGGAGAUUGGCAGGAAGCGGGUGACGCUGGCGUGCCAGGAGAACGAAGGCAGGAAUUGCAGAAAGGAAGCCGGGCACGAGGUACAAAGGGCCGAGCGAGGGCUGAUCCAGCAGCCAUGAAUGGACUAGUUAAGGACGGGGCAUUAGCCUCUGAGAUCUGAUGCAGCGAGUGAAUGCAGUGCGUUCUCCCUGCUCCCCCUCCGAGCUAUCUGUGUGUCUCCAAAGGGACAGUGAAUGGAUGAGCGUAAAGAACAUACCUGACGGUUACACAGUGGCACAGACAGCAAGAGGGAUGUUAACAGUGAAUGGUUACACCCCCUAUGGGGAGACAGCUUGGUAGCAACUUCCAAAUAAGUAGCAAAGCGGAGGCGUCUUAGUCUCUCUAGUUUCAGCGGGGAAGCCGUGUUAGUCUGUUUCAGCAAAAACAACGAGGAGUCCGGUGGCACCUUAAAGACUAACAAAUGUAUUUGGGCAUCAGCUUUCGUGGGGGUGGAACCCACUUCGUCAUGAGUCUCAUGUACAACUUGGAGCGUCCUUCGGACAGACCCCUUCUCGCCUGCACUAUGUCUGCUGUGACCGCCAGACUUUCCUAGAAAGCCAGAAUCAUUCCAGGCACCGACUGCGGCAGGUGCAAACUCUCCAGACGUGGUAUCUGUUUAUACCCAUCAUAAACACUGUCAUUGAGUGUUGCAUAGAGACAGGCUCGCUUUGUCUCGACUGUCUUACUGCUGAGCCACGGACUCCUCUUCCGUUUGUUUCUAGAUCUUUGUAAACUGUGAUUUCCUUAAUUAUGCUAUUUAGCACUGAGCCAUAUUUGUUUUUGGACGCUCUUUUUUGCACAGUCUUUAUACUAUGCUGUAAAUGAAGUAUGAGCAUUGGAGGUGGACUUGUAUUGCAAGGUAACGUAAUGGUAGUGUUAAGAUUAAUGAUGCCUGAAUCGUAGUUUUAUGCUGAGAGGUGUUGAUGGUUGCCCCAACCUCAUAGAGACUGACGGGCAUGAAUGCACCUUUCAAUUAACAUAACUGUCAGAAUAAGGUACAGGGAAACCCCGGUAUAACGCGCCCCGCGAUAACGCGAAUUCAGAUGUAACACGGUCAUAAGGUGGCUCCGGCUGCUCCCCCAAAAAAAGAAAAUGGGGGGGGGGGCCUGAGCACCGCUGAAGCGCAAAAAAGAAAAAAAGCGGCCAGAGCGCCGCCGAAGCACCCAGGGGCAGUGGUCAACUGGCGGCCCCCUGCGCCUCCCUGACGGUGUCCCCAGCAGAAGGUGGGGAGGGGGCAGGGGAAGCCCCCAGCACUCCAACCCAUCCCCGGCAGAAGCGCAGGGGGUGGCGGGGGAAGCCCGAGCACUGGGACCGCCCCCCCUACUGCGGCCCCGGGAGGCAGCCUCACAGCUUGGGGUUUGGGGGGGCACUCCCUACUGCGGCCUCAGGCUGUGAUGGGGGGACUGGGCAUUUCCGGUCUUGGGGUCGCAGUGGGGGGUGGGGAGCACAUAAGGUACGAAACGGGUUGAGGAGCUGCAGUGGGGGGGGGUGGAAUGGGGGGGACCCUGAGUGGCACCCCAGGGAAAGAGGAGAAAGGGGUGGAACUGUGGGUGGGGAGGAACCCGCAGCCCUGGAGCUCUCGGUCCCGGCAGGCAUAGGGCCGCGGCUUCUCUGCAAGCCGGAUAGGAGCCGUGGCCCCGCGCCUGCAGGGACAGAGAACAACAGGGCUGCGGGCACCGGUGCUCACUGUCCCUGGCAGGCGCGGGGCCGCAGCUCUCCCCUGCUGGGCACUGGGCACUAGGCGGCGCACAUUAAUGCACUGCCUUGGGGACCACUGAUGGGCUUGAAACCCCACUAUACCGCGACCUCGCAUUUAGCACGAUGUAAUUUUUUGGACCCCAAACAUGGCGGUAUAGCGGGGUUUCACUGUAAUUGCAAGCCCCCUGCCCACACACAGGGUAUGUAAGCCUAUCUGAGACUUUCGUACUGAAUGGGUGGCAGGGUUUUGCCAAUUUUUGGAGGGGUGGGUACAGAACACAGAACUACAGAGCUACACCGACAGCUGGAAGGAACAGCUGAACGCACGGCGUCUGAGCCCGGGGUGAGAUUUUGGGGUCAGACGUGCAGGCUGAAAAAUGUGUUCUUGGUGCUGUGAUCAAAAUAAGCGGUUUCCUAUUACCUGUUUUCUUCUGGGUCGAGGGAAACGGGUCCUUUGUAUGGUCUUUGUAAAUAAACAAACCUGCCUCAACUAAA